AUGAGACUUCUAGAUUUCACAUACGCUGCUCUGGUGACGACUCUGUUCGCCGCUCGAGGCGUCCUUGGUAUCGGAGGAGCGAAUCCAGGGUUCGAAGAAUCGCAACAGAUCCAGCGGGACCAGCUCAAGCGUAUGCGCGACUUUUUGGGACCUGAUAGUGAUUUUCUGUCGAAGAGGCAGGCGCCUCCUCAGACAAUCAACUUCUCAAACCCUGCUGCUCAACAAUUCUUCGUGCCCGGUACUAGCCUUCCUGAUGUCAACUUUGACGCUGGCCCUUCUUGGAGUGGUUUGCUACCCAUCUCCGGUGACCCAAACGAAACACGCAAACUAUUCUUCUGGUUCUGGCCUACAAACAACAUUACUAACGGGGACAAACUUUUGUUCUGGACGAAUGGCGGACCCGGUUGUUCUUCUCUCGAAGGAUUCUUACAAGAAAAUGGCCCCAUUUCUUGGUCUUGGGGUCAAUCCGAGCCUACUCCAAAUCCAUUUGCGUGGACUAAUUUGGCUCAUAUGCUAUGGGUUGAGCAACCAGUUGGGACUGGAUUUUCCCAAGGUACUCCCAAUAUCACCAACGACGACGAGCUCGCGGCGCAACUAGUAGGCUUCCUCGGCCAGUUCCUCGAAGUCUUUUCGGAACUAAAGGGGAAGGACUUUUUCCUUUCUGGAGAAAGUUACGCGGGAUUCUACGUUCCGUACAUCGCCAACUUCAUCUAUGAAAACCCAGAUCUCCUCGAUUUGAACUUGAAGGGCAUCGAUAUUGCGGACCCUUCACUCUCCUACGAUGUCGUCCAGGAUGAGAUCCCAGCACUCCGCUUUGCACAAGCUCAUGCUGACCUUUUCCCAUUUACCCAAGCUCAAUGGGCUGAAUUCCAAAAUAUUUCGGACACUUGUGGAUAUACUGACUACCUCGACAAAUUCGUCACUUAUCCUCCUGCUGGGCAGUUGCCGUUCCCAGCUGGUGUAGUCGAGGGGACUUUCGGGACGCUGAAGCCUGGCUGUAGACUACACAGUCCAAUUCAACAGGCUGUUGGAGUGUUGAAUCCGGUGUUCGAUGUUUAUAGGGUGUCAGAUACAUUUCCCAGUCUUUGGAGUGUACUCGGAUUCCCAGAAUCCACACAACAGUUCAUCUACUUCAACCGAACGGACGUUCAAGAUGCCAUCCAUGCUCCUCACAUCAACUGGGAUAUUUGUUCGGAAGGAUCAGUAUACGUGAAUGCCGCAGGGCGCCCAGGAAACGAUCAAUCCGUCGCCUCUAUGCUCAGUGUGUUCCCGAAUGUGAUCGAGAAAUCCGAACGGGUAGUCGUCGUCCAUGGUCUUGCAGACUUCAUCCUCGUAGCCGAAGGGACCCGAAUUGCCAUUCAAAACAUGACUUGGAAUGGGGCGCAAGGCUUCCAGACUCCCAUUGAGAACGAAACCUUUACGGUUAAGAACUUUGGCGUGUUUGGUAACGAACACACUGAACGUGGGCUUACUUACCUUGAAUUCUACUACAGUGGACAUAUGACUCCUCAAUUCGUCCCCUGGGCAGCCUAUAAUGCCAUCUCAUUCUUACUCGGUCUUCAAGACUCCCCUUCCACGUGA